UUCGCCGUCUUUCGCUCUUGCGGUAGUUUUAUUUUGAUUGUUGAGCAAUUCCCUUGCGAUUUUCGGUGCCUGAAAUGACAAUUGUUAAUUUAAAAUGCGGCGCCGUUCGUGGUUCGACGUUAAAAACGUGGAAAAAUACCGAAUUUCACGCGUUUCGUGGCAUUCCGUAUGCGAAACCGCCUCUUGGAGAGCUUCGUUUUAAGGAUCCUGUCCCAAUUUUGCCUUGGAAAAGUGUUUUAGAUUGCACGGAAGAGGCUCCGAUGUGUCCCCAGCCACGAAAAAGCUCCAAGGAGACUUCUGAGGACUGUUUACGCUUGAAUGUCUACACGAAAAAUGUGUCAGAGAAGCUUCCCGUGCUCGUCUAUAUCCACGGCGGAGGUUUAUACGUGGGAUCUGGAGCAAGUAACGACAACGGAGGCCCGGAAUACCUAAUGGAAAAGGAUAUCGUGUUAGUAACUUUCAACUAUCGCUUGGGAUUUCUCGGUUUUUUUAACUUUGGCACUCCAGAAUAUCCGGGAAACGCAGGAUUUAAAGAUCAAGUCCUCGCAUUACGUUGGGUUAAGGAAAAUAUCUCAAAUUUUGGCGGAGAUUCAUCCAAAAUAACGCUAAUUGGCAACUCAGCAGGCGCAAUGUGCGUGAUUUUGCACACAAUUUCUCCAAUGUCGCGAAAUUUGUUCCAUCAAGCGAUCGUUGCGAGUGGCGGGAUCAACUUUCAAACCGAAAUUGCGCGAAAUCAAAAGGAUUUGAUCAAAAAACAGGCGGAAAUUUUAGGAAUCCCGCACGAAACUGAUGAAAAAUUGAUCGAAUCUUUUAAAAAUAUUCCAGUUGAACGCCUUGUUGACACUUUAUACGACAAUUUCGCGUUCGGGCAUGACAAUCCGAUAUUCCUUUGGUCCUACGUCAUCGAAGAUGAUCACGGGCAGGAACGUUUUCUCAUCGAAGAUCCCAGAAAAUCACUCGUUAAUGGUCGUUUCAGUAAAAUUCCGAUAAUAGCUGGUGUGACAGCGAAUGAAUUGACCACUUCAGCUGUUGAUAUAUUAAAAAAUCCCGAAUUAAAAGACGAAUUUUCGCAAAAAUUUGAUGAAAUUGCGCCGAUUUGCUUUGGAUAUGACCGAUGUGAUGCUGAAAAAUCAAAAAUUAUCAAUGAAACUCUUAAAAAAUCUUAUAAAUUGGAAUUUCCUCUUACCAUUGAAGCUUCUCUCGAGCCCCUGAGUCAACUUUUUUCUGAUGCCAUGAUUGGAUUUGCGAACCAUCGAGUCGUAAACAUCUUUCGUCGACAUCAAAAAGUUUUUAGAUACAAAUUUUCCUUCGUCGGACGUCACUCUUUUCUUCAUUUUCCGGGAAAUAAGCCUUACGGAGCCGAGCAUUGUGAUGAUUUUGCCUAUUUAUUCGUUAAUCGUCGAUAUUUUCCGUUUUUCACUGAAAAAGAUCCAGAAGCAAAAAUAAUUGAAUGUCUUACCCAAUUUGUAAGGAAUUUUUGUCACAAUGGCGAUCCCGGGAUGAAUUGGAAACCAAACACUGCUGAAGAGGAUUUUUUCAUGAACAUCAACGAAACAUGCGAAUUACAACAAAAUUUAUUUGCCGCACGAUAUUCCGUUUGGGAGAAACUUUUUCCAUUAGUCACCUUCAAAGAAGACGAAUAAAUGUCAAAAAUUGCCUUUUUUUGCACAAAAAAACAUGAAAACACUCGAAACCGACAGGUAACAAGAGUCCUUUAUCCGUUUUGAUAAAUCAUCGUGCAUUGUGAGCAACAAAGAAAGAAGAAAAUAAAUGACGUUUUGAUUAACUCUCCUCCUUUGACUCCUCAUUCAAAAUCA